AUGUCUUCUUCCACCUUCCACACCACCAGCCAGGACCUUCGCAAGGAGGAGUCCCGCGUUGCCCAGCAGCACGGUGGCCAGAUCCCUGCCGAUUCCGAUGUCUCUCAGAUGAAGUCCAUUAUCGACCAGAACACCAACAAGCCUGAACAGAUCGAGAAGACCAGGACCAAUCUGCCUCUGCCCGAGGAACCCCCUGUGGCUAGUGACUGGAACUCCGCCGACCAGCGCACCGUUAAUGUCGGCAGCGGCCGUCUCGCGGAGCCCAUCUCCGGCGACAGCGACAGCGCUCUGCGUGGCCCUGCCACUGCUUCCAGCAGUGCCCGCGUGAACGGCGAGGAAUUGCACGUUCCCACUGCUCCUUCCGGCAAUGUGGGCCGUCAGGGCAAGGAGGGACUCGAUCACCUGCCCUCUGACGCUACUACUCGAUAA